AACCCGCUCCUGGAUCCCCCGUAAGCAGGUCAACGAGUGCGAGUCGCCUUCCUCGGAUGUACCUCGGCUCGAUGGAGUUUCGUCGAAGAUUGCCGAAUUGGCAUAUGCCGAUGGAUAUUUGGAACGAGAAUGUCUCCCCUUGUUCUGACAUGCAGACGAAGAUUUAAACCUAGAUUGUGAUGAUUAAUUGGAAAAGUCUUGAAGUUGAGUCGUAAGCUCGUUUGUAACGUGGAUGAGCUUCGGAGGAUUGUACGUGUGAGACUGGCGGAUUUCUCGAGGAGGAGGAGGAGGAGGAGGUCUCGAUGGGUUUGAUGGGUUCGAUCGAAGAAUUUGGGGAUUGGGUGAGGAACAUUCAUCAUGAAGACGACGGCGAUAAGCAAUGGGGAGGACACGGAGAAAUCUUGUUCUGGAUCUUUGUUUUGUUAGCGCACGUAGGACUGGUUGUGUACGCUUCUUGGAGACUUGCGGAGAGGCACACGGAGGCCACCGGAUGCUCCGUGAUGGUACCAGUGAAAGUGGAUGCAGCUCUGCCGACGUCUUCUGCUUCCGGCGAAUUCGAACUCUCCACCACCAUGACUAACAGGAAAAAGGGCAGAGGGAUCCCUUUCUUUCGAUAGAAGGUUGAUGGAUUCAAACUUUGGGGAUGAGAUUUUGAAGCUUUCGUAGCACCGAAUGCAACCCAAACACGGCAAUUCAACAGCCCAAGCAGUCUUCUGGAGCACUUCAGCAGAGGAACAGAUUCGUAGUAUCUGAAUUAGGACCGUGAUAUUCAGCUGAAAGUGCGGGAUCCAGAGUUGCAUUUCGAGUGUAUCCACUGUCUGUCAAAUUGGUUAGAAAAUUGAGGUGCAAUUUGGUGACGGGAUUGCACCUGCACCACCUCCAUUUGGCCACGGUUUCCUUGUAGACUUUGCUCCAUCCAGAAUCAGAAGCUGGAUCUGUACAUGAUGUGUGGUCUUCUGACUGAUUCAUCCAAUAUGAAACGGAUAUCAAUCACCAGGUUCUCAGUUCUGUGACUUUGCAUCAUCAAACUUCCUUCCGAUCCGAGUGCGCAAUGCAUCCGCACUCACCCAAAUUUCACCCCAGAACUGUCCUACAAUGUGGCAACGAGCUUCUAUUGCGCUCUGUUUGAAGCUCCUCGGGCUGGCACACCUUGCCACUCGAGGCCUCCCUCCCGAUCUGCGCGGUGAAUAAACUCGAGGGAAAACUUCGACAAAUGCGUGGACUCGGUUCUCCGAAGCAGAUUCGAAUGCUGUGAGAACUGUUACCAGCAAAUGAUGAUGUCAGGCUCUUUCUUACACCGUGUCGUUGUAUGUGAGAGAGAUAACGAGGUUGGAAUGCAUUAAACUUGAAUGCAUUCCAGGUCCCUUUAAUGAUUAAAGGGACCUGGCCGCUGGGUGCUCAUGGCCUGCCGAUCAGCACGGUGCAUGCAUGAGUGUGACGACGCAACCCUGCAGAUCAUGCCUUCAUGGAUUCCUCGUGAGUGAGUCGAGAGUGUGUUGACGAGACUUUCUACGGUCAGACUCCAAACUGUCAGAGACUGUCGCUUGGAUCCGCUGGUGCUUGACUGACUGAUCAUUCAGUUUACACUGAAGCCCAUUCAUGACCACGAGUCGGCACAAGACAGUUUCAGCAAGUCGAUCAGGACUAGUGAUAGUUACAUGGGAUUCUUUUUCAUCCUUCCUAUGGAGAAUUGUCAAGCAUGGAAUAAAGAAGACAUGCCACCACAUCCUCAAUCACACAAAUUACAUCAUAUGACUCAUACGUAUGAAUUAAACAAUCCACAA